AACGGAUACAACUAGGAGGAACAGAUCUCCAUGGGACCUCAGUAUGAAAUAACACUUUCAACUCCAUCUAUAUCUAAAACUAGUACAACUACUGCAAAAACCGGAAGUUGUGCGUCAUUUACUGCUCCUUCUCGAGCUUUGAAAUCGGAAGGUAACCGUACCGUUGUUAUCCCAUGUGCCCGGAAAUUAACUGCUGGCCUGGGUCUCAACUUGUCGGAAAUUCAAGCGUCUAUCGCUUCAACUGAUGUGGAAGGCACUAAAGUAAGCGAAACUACUCCUGGUUUUGCCAAUGAUAAUGUGGCAUUAAAUGAAAAAAAUGCUGCACCAGAAAAACUGAAAGAAGGAGGAAAAGAAGUUAUAACCGGUGAUUUGAAAUACAAAGAUAUACCACUUACGAAUAUGAGAGAAACGAUUGCUAAACGUUUAUCGUUUAGUAAACAAAGUAUACCACAUUAUUAUCUUACUUCUGAAAUUAAAAUGGAUGAACUGUUAAAGAUCCGAGCAAAUUUAAAUGCUGAGUUGAAAAACCAAGGUGUCAAAGUAUCCAUAAAUGAUUUUGUCAUUAAAGCAUGUGCAUUAGCUUGCUUGGAUGUACCCGAAGUCAAUAGCUUCUUCUUGGAGAAAGAGAAAGUUAUCCGUCAAAAUCUAACUGUCGAUAUUUCUGUUGCUGUGAAAACAGAAACAGGACUCAUAACACCCAUCGUCCACAAUGCUGAUGUUAAAGGUUUGACCGAAAUCAGUACUGAAAUUAAACAGUUAGCAAAUAAGGCGCACAAGAACAAACUAAAACCAAACGAAUAUAUGGGUGGUACAUUUACCGUAUCAAAUUUGGGAAUGUUCGGCAGCAUACGUCACUUUACAGCAAUUAUCAACCCACCGCAGUCUUGUAUUCUGGCCGUUGGAGGUUCAGAGCGUAAAGUUGUACCUGAUGAUGACGAAAACAGGUUCAAAACUAUAACAACAAUGCUUGUAACAAUGUCCUGUGAUCAUCGUGUUGUUGAUGGUGCUGUUGGUGCAAUCUGGCUCAAGCAUUUUAAGGAAUAUAUGGAAAAACCAGAGACUAUGCUAUGA